ACUGGACAGACCACCACUCAACUGUGGACCGGUUUGGUCGUCAUCGCAGUGCCUGUUUUCUUUUGGUCGGGUCCUUUUGGCUACGUUUUGUGGCUGACUGGUGCUUCGGCUGUGACCAUUCUCGGUCACGCAUCACUGAUGGAGAAAGAUGUUGCAGCAUCUUUCUCCGAGGAGGCGGUCUAGGUGGUCGGCCGCGUCCUUUUCUUCGCCCUCCUACUACAAUUAUUAUGGAAAGGGAAGACCGCCCGGAGCUCGCAGCGGAAAUCCUCGGCGAGGGAUUGAAUCACGCGAAUGGGAGCUUCGACCACAUACACAAGGGCACGCAUCGUCAUCGCUGUCCGCAAGAUACGGUUUACAUUCUCUGAGUGCAUUGGGAGAGGACGAGAUGGAGGAUGACGAGGAAGAGGAGGGUGAAGGCGAGGAUCCCGAUGCUCAAUGGAACUCCUCCGCGUACGAAUCGCAACGGACUGGAGUGAGCUCCCGGGAAAGGUCGUCGUCAGCAUCCAAACCUUCACGUCGGAAGUCACAGUCAACUAAGCAUGUACAACAACAAACAUCAACAGUCCGCCCGUCGCCUUCUCGACGAUCUUCUGUAUAUGAUGAGCAACAACAGGCAUUUUACAAUCCGUAUGAGCACGAUCGUUCCAAUGACAACUUCGCCACAUCUGCUGCGUCUCCAUUCGGUGCGAAACCCGUCCGAGACGAUCACGAUCACCUUGUGAAAUCUGCUCUGGCCCGGAUCGCUCGCGCACGCUCCAAACAGCAGACCAACAUAAAUCUGACGCAAGACGAGAUGGAGGCCCUAUUGGUGCAUCGUCUGGACAUGCACACCCAAGCUGCGGCUGCUCAGUUUGAGGCCACUCCAACAGCGACUUCCGCCGCUCGACCGCCAGCAUCUCCUCCUAGGACACCUACGCCUACUCGCAGCAGUAGCACCAGCAACCGCAACCGCUCCUCGUCCACGAACAGUCCCAAUCAGAAAUCUAAAUUGCGCAGCCGCAAGAGUUCCCUCUCCAAUCAGACACGACCUUCUUCGCCCCAAUCCGUACCUGUUGAGCCCGUCAUUGCUUCCCCGCUCGCUCCAGCUUAUGCGCAGCCGUAUUACGCUGCUCCAGCGAGCCGACGCGGAUCUAUUUCUGCUGCUUCUGCUGCCGCAGCUGGGUACUCUCCUCAGCAGUACCUCGCUCAACAACAGCACUAUCAAUAUCUCCACCAACAGCAGCAGCAGCAGCAACAGCAGCCGCCGAUGUAUCACAUUCCUCCGCCAUCGGGACAAUACUCCGCGCGGGCCAGUCCAAGAUCGAAAUCCCGGCUAGGUGCCAAUCCCCAGGUUUCGCAAUACCUCGUUUCGCCUUUGCCGUCGCCGCCACUCUCCGAUGCCUCUUCAUCGGGCAGCGAAGACGACGACGAUGACGACGGAAGAGAUCAGCGGCAGCAGUACGCAGAGGAGGAAGAAGACAACUCCAACGACGACGACGACGACGCCAAUCUCGCCUACGCCUACGAUCGAAUCCCACCUCAUCUCCAUCAUCCCCACCUCGCUCCCCCCAAGCACCAUCGCUCGCCCGCGACAAUCCCGACCGCCUCCCCAAGCAAGCCCUCCACGCCCUCCAAAAAGAAAGACGUCCCCAAACCCUCCUCCCCACCGAAACCCUCCUCGAAGAAAGACAAACGUCCCACCACUCGCAGCAGCGGCCACGGCCGCUCCUCCGAAUCCUCCCUCUUCGCCUCCCUCUUCCCGCACUCCUCCUCCUCCUCGCCCGAGAGGCGCAAUUCCUCCCCCGCCUCCCCGUUCUUCGGCAAUGCGACCCCCUCACCGGCCAAGAACAAGAAGGAGCGGAGCGGCAGCGCGGGCGGCCGCAGUCCUGCCGCUGUCGCUGCAGGGAAGAAAGCCCCCGCCGGUGGUGGUGGUGGUGGGAAGGACGGUGCCAAGGAGAAGGACAGGGAGAAGGAGAGGAGCCGGCCGCGCAGGCGGUGGUAGAACGGAGGAGAAAACACGGAUUGUGGAGUGUUUCACCGUCGGGGAUUUCCUUCUUCUUCCCCCUCCCCCUGAUCGGGAUUCUGUCGGCG